ACGUCAAGUAUCCAGAACAUUGAGUCUCCUGACUUGCCGUGUGUUACGUUGUCUUCGUUGUCGCCCCCUGGAUUCAAGGCAGUGUCGCGCCGCGUGGUUGUGUAGCGUGCGUCUCAUCAGGCGGGAACUGCCAGCUUUGUGACAACAAACAAUGCUAUAUUCAUCUGCCGGGUUUGUUUUCUAUUAACGGUGAACCGACCUAUUCAGGCUUACCUAAUAUUGAACCAGCUGGCUAUCUCCGGACAUGCUUCCCGAUGACUUGGUUCUAACCGAGUAACAAUGCUUCACAGUUUCCAGCACCACCACGGUCUGCUUGACAGUGUUCUGGGGAGCUUCGCCACCUAUGCACGGUUGAAGGGUCGCUACGACGAUGACUGGAUCGAUCGUCUAAAUCAUCUGUACACCACCAUCAUUUUUAUCAUCUUCACCAUAGUCGUCAGCACAAAGCAGUAUGUGGGAGAGCCGAUCCAUUGUUGGUGUCCGGCGGAAUUCGAAGACUCCAUGGUUGAUUACACAAACAACGUCUGCUGGAUAUCUAAUACGUACUACGUACAUAUUGAUGACGAUAUACCCAAGGAACGAGCGGUUCGCACCGAGCGGGAAAUCACGUAUUAUCAGUGGGUUCCUAUGAUUCUCCUAUUCCAGGCAUUCCUAUUUAAGGUGCCAUGCAUACUAUGGCGCAUAUUGACAGCCUCGGCUGGUGUAAAUCUGGAUAAGAUUGUAACUCUCGCCGCAGAAACUCAAUACAUAUCUCCAGACGACAGAGAAAGAACUAUCAAACAUAUCGUACGCUACAUGGACAGGUGGCUUGAAAAUGCACGUGAAUACAGAUCAGGGUGUUUUAUACGCUUGCGCCAAACCAUAUCAAAGUACUGUUGUAUCGUGUGCGGCAAACGCUAUGGGAACUACUUGGUCACAAUAUAUAUGUUUAUAAAAUUAUUGUACAUGUCUAAUGCUAUCGGGCAAUUGUUUAUAUUAAAUGAGUUCCUCGGGACGAAUUACAAUGCUUACGGACUUGAGGUUCUUGAUCAUCUAGCCAACGGGAUAGACUGGAAGGAGUCGCCAAGAUUCCCUCGAGUUACAUUGUGUGAUUUUAGAAUUCGAAAACUGGCAACAGUUCAAGAUUAUACUGUUCAGUGUGUUCUACCAAUCAACCUUUUUAACGAAAAAAUCUUUAUUUUCAUCUGGUUCUGGCUAGUGUUUGUAUCUGUGCUAAGUUCUGCCAAUUUUCUGGUGUGGUGUUACACAAUGAUCUUUAGACAACAUCGCAUUCGAUAUCUAAAGAAAUUUCUACGCAUCAAUGAUUGCUACAAAUCAGAACUUGAUAAAAAGAUGGCGGUGAAAUUUGCCGAACAGUACCUGCGUCAGGACGGCAUUUUUGUGUUAAGACUCGUGGGUAAAAACGCUAAUGAUGUGUUGGUGUCAGAAAUCAUUUUGCAACUAUGGAACCAUUACCGGAAUAAACCUUUAAUAAAGCAUGCGAACCAGAUAAGUGAUGACAAUAGCAACGUUUGACUAGAAGCAUCGAGGCUCCUGAAACUUGUGAAAAUCCAGUACUAUUCGCUCUCCGAAACACAAGACGAUGGACAAGCAAUGGCCCAAACUUUAAUGGCCAAUUCCUUUCCGAACGGUUCUGUUCGGAACUCGUGUAUGGAAACGGAAGUUUGAACGUAAGCGAGAUAGAGGUUGUGGCAUCAAGCAAAUCAGGAAAUCGCCAAUAGUAACUUGUUUCUCGGGUAAGCGCCGUGAAUCUGUACAAACACCGGGAAUUCGAAAAGAACAUUUUGUAAAGUAGACGCUGAAACAAUUUACGGGCAAACAAAAGUCACCGUCCAACUUAUCUUAUCGCUGUACGUGCAUGUAUAGUGUGACUACGCAUGCGUACCGAGGGUCGCCGGGAGGCGGGUGUGACCCUGGAGGGUUUCUGCAUCCUUCCUGGGUUCUUGCCAGGUCCAACUUUAAUAGUAGAAUGCCUAAAAGAAAACCUACCAAAGAACUGGAACCUGUGAAUCUAUCGUGGCCUCUAAUCAUCAACAUGGUGGUCUGCAGUAGCGAUACAUCGCAACAUUAUCUCACUCAUCUAGAGCAAAUCUUGCUUAAGACUUGUAUGGUUUUUGGUUUCACCAUCUCAACAAUUACUCCACAUUUUGCUACUUGUAUUAUAUUUCAAAACAUUUUUGCAAAAGAAGAAAAAUCAUAUAUUAAACUAUGUGUUUUACUAAACAAGAUGUAUUUGCCAAUAUACGUAGAAGGUAUGAAAUCAGUUAUCAAUUAAUUUGCAAAACAUUUAUAAAUAACAUAAUAUUAUUGUUGCUAUUUUCCGUUUCAUGAUUUUGACAAAGAGGAUAAUAUUAAUACAGACAAUGUAAAAAAGGGAUGUAAAUCAGAAGAAAGUGGGGAUUUAUAUGGAAUUAAAAUCCUGAUUAUUUUUUCUUCCUAUGUUCAAUUCAAGCUUGUAAAAUUUUGACACGAUUCUGGUAUAUUUUUCGUUAAAUAUUUCAAAUAUAUAACAUGUCAGUUUUAUACCCGUAGUCUAUGUUUGAAAUAUGUUUUGAUUGUUAAUUGCAUGUUUAUUAUUCUGAAAGUUUAUAAUUUAAAUAGUAAAUGUUGAUGUUGGUAGGAGUUUCGGGUCGAGGUGUUGAAGCAAACUGUGAUGAAAACGCCCAUCUUGUUACCAUGGCAACAACACCGAACCUGUGACGUCAUGGGCGUCAUUUAUAGUAUUUGAAACACAUUUUACUUGUUAUUAUAACACUUUAUGUCGGAGAGUAAUUUAAUAUAUACUAAACCAACGUACGUUCAAAUUGCGUGUUAUUGUUUUGGUCACGUCACGUGACGUCAUAAGUUUGAGUGAUUGAGAGAAGCGUGUACGAAAACCACACAUGGAAGACAAUAUACAAAUGCCUCUAUGAGGGCAAGGAGGAUACCAUAAAAAUGAUAUGACAAAUAUGUCACAUGAAACUAGAAAACUGAUGCAAAAGGAAAUGCUAAUUGGUAAAAAGAAGUUUUGAAGAAUUUGCUUUCAUUUACAAACAAAGUGUAACAGAUAAACUUUAAUCCGGCGGGAAAAUACAUGCAUGCUCAUAAUUAACUUUUUACGGAAUCACAUUGAUUUCGGAAUAUUUUCACAAACACAUUUAAUUAGAACAAAAAGGCAAAAAAGGGUUUCUGAGUUGUUUUAUCAUAAUCAAUAAGUCAUUACUCAAUAAGUUAUAAAACCUGAUGUUUAUUUUGCUGUUUAAAUAUCAUUGGUAACUCGUCAACAAAAAUGAAUUUUGAAUUAAUUUGCUUUUACAAACUACAAAUAUAAAAAAAAAAAAAAUAUUAUUCCUAUUUACGUUAACAAAUCUUACAAAUACUAAAUAUUAUUCCAAAUUUCCAAUUACAUAACAAUAUUUUACAUCUGUUUCGAGAAGUGAAUUUGAAUAGAUGACGUCAUAUGCAUUGUAUGUGGUCGUUGUAUCCAUGUCGUCGAGGCGUGGCUUGGUUGUGAAUAUUAUGACGUCACCAUGCUUGUUGAAUUACAAGAAAUGAAAGUUAUCAUGUGUCAAGUUUGAAGAUCUGUAUGUGCAAUCUUUAUGAUUGCAUACAGUUUUGUUGGAACUGAACUUAGAUAUUAUAUCCACAUUUUCGUCAGCAAAUUUUGAAGACAAUUUUCAUUUAGUCCACCUUUGCGAAAAUUAUGCAUGACCAUUCUUCGAAUACAUUUCGAGUAUAUACCUAUUUUCAUGAAACAUAACCAAGUGAAAUACCAACUCUAUGUUGACUAUAAACAAACUGUAUUCGAUCAUACAAUGCAUACGAUACAGUUGGUCUAAAUCUAUGCAUCUUGCUAUGCUAUACUUCUGUGUAGUAUCCUCUAUCUCGAAGAGUAUAAUAUGUAGAGGAAAGUAUACAGUAUCUAGUUUCAUAUAGAUAUAAAGACACGACUUCGAAUGUAUGAUCAUGACUAAAGUAGAAUUGUUUAGAUUUAGUUAUAUAUGACAGAUGUCGAUGUAAAGAUGCAUGUCCUCUUCUAUCGGUAAUCACCCAUAAUGCAGUGCGGUGGGUUGUGUCCUACAUAUUUGCAUCAUUAGUGAUAUCCUGCGUAACAAGUUGCUGGGCAACGCGAACAAUGUGUCUUGAUUAUCAUUCACCAUGCUCAUUGGCUCCGUUGAUGAGAAGUGUGUUGUUGUGAUUGGGUAUUAGCUAGGUGGGCGUGAUUAGAGGGAUGGGGUUUGCAUGCGUGAUUUACCACGUCCCUCAAAUGUCAUUCCUACACACUUUAAAGGCACAUUGGAUUUUUUUUUUUUUACUUUUAAUACAAAUCAGACACAAAUAUGUAGUGGUUAGAAACUUAACGCCAAAAUUACCAGGUUUGUUCUACAUGUACCUGAUCGUUUAUUAUCGGCGCGCGUUAUGACAUUUGUGUGAGGUAUGCGUGUAAAAAACAUUGGUGUCUAUCAUACAUUUGUGUGACUGUGUGCGCAUGCGUGGUUGUGGGCAAAAGCUCAUAUGUUAAACAGGUUUCACCUUUAUUAAAUUAUAGUAUUGCUGUUUUGUAAAUAUUGUUUAAUUUUGAAUUUAACUGUCAGAAAUAUCUUCAUAGAAUGUACGUAUAUGUAUAUAUAUGUCGUUUAUCUAUACAUAUAUGUAUAUAUGUAUAUUUAUGCAUCCCUUUUUCAAUCUUUCAAUUUUUCUUCUAGUUUAGAGUGUCUAUCGUAGAUUUUCAAGGAGAGGACAGAAACAUACAUAAUGAACGAGCAUACGUAAGCAUCCAAAUGCUUUAUCAUCAUUUACAACACUUUGCAUAUCCCAUUGAUAAACAAUUGUCCUUCGUUUUUACUAUAAUUUUGUUUUACAGUGACCAUAUACUGACUAUACGUUUUUUCAAACGACAGGUAAAUAACAUUUUUUUUCUUUUUUUCUUGAGGAUUGUUUUAAAUAUAAUAAUUGCUUAGAUGAUUCUGUCAAAAAUGUUAAAACUGAUUAUUAUUCGUAUACAUUUGUAUGCAAAAUGGAGGUAAUAUAACAGCACGAGGAAGCUUUUAUCCCCUCAUUAUGCAACAACUGACGGAAGUGACGUUUAACAUGUUAUUGUUUCACUACGCAUGCUCAUGGUACAACCAAUCUAAUCACUCGGCACAUGGAGCAAAGUCAAGUAUUACACACAAUAUAGAUAACUCCUGUUGAUAUAUUUAUAGUUAUUAUUUAUUAAAUAAUAAUUUAAAUGCAUUUAAAAAUGCCAAAAAUCAUAACUUAUUCAUUCAACCACCAAUCCUUCAUUAAUGUUGUUUCCUUUUGGAGCACAAGGUAUUCUAUACCUAUUGUCAUCUAAACUAAAUAAAAACCACAAAACUUACUUUUCUCAUUGUACCUAUUGUCAUAAUGAAAUGAUAAUUGUAUAAGGAUUAUAUUGUUUUAUUUCAAAUAGUACCUCCAACGUAUCCGAGGCUGUUCAUAAAGUAUACAGAUACAGAUACAACAAUGGGUAGGUAACUCUGAAAACUUAGUGCUAUCACUCAGUUAUAAUAUAUACAUAGGUAUAUACUACUCACCUGAAUUCAAAUAUGGCCUAAAUACCGUACAUAUACAAUAUGAGAUCUUUUACUGUUAUUAAUCACUAUCCUGUCAUUCCUAUGCAUUCAGUAAAACCGAACUAACCAAAAGUCUGGUGUAAAAGUUAGCACCUGUGGUGGCGUGUCUGCUAGUUACUGCCAUCACAACAUUCUGCAUCGAUGCAUUCUCUUUUCCUAUUUUUGCAACUUUCAAUUUGUUGUAAAUGCUUUUGAUCUUGAGAAACUCUUUCAAGAAUUUUGUAUGUGAAAUAAUGUCACAACAAUGUGCUAAAGGGUUUAUGGCGCUCGGUUAUAAAUAUGAACUAUUGAUUUUGUUCUUUCUAUUUAUUAAUAGGCUUGUUAGUAAUUUAUAAACGAGGCGUGUUAUCUUCGAACUAUUCAUUGAUUGUCGUGAUAUUACUAUUAAAGUUCGGGAAACAAUUGUUAAAAUAUAAUACCAUUCAAACAUCUUUGCUAUUUUAUGAAGUUGUAAAAUUAAAAUUAAAUGACAUCAAACGCCUAAAAGUUCCAAACAACUAGCUUGAAAGAAAACAUUGUCGCAUUUGUGCUCCCUCUUUUGAUUUUAUUAUGACUUUGCUACAUGUUGUCAGUCUGAGAUGAUAAUGACAUUUUGGGCCAAUUCCUUUCCUCUUUGUUUACCACAGCUAGACAUUAGAAACGUGACGUCACAAUCUUCUAGAGAAAGAUGACGUGGUAUAAAGUGUGUUCUAUGACAUCAGUGCUAUUUAUAGAAGUUUUGUUUACAUUCCACUAGCUGUAAAUUAUAUAUAUAUGUGUGUAUAUAUAUAGAAAAUACACUGAAAACGUUGUUUCUAUUCUUCAGUAAGAAAGGAAAACAAGAAUUUUUUCAGAGGACAAAACUUUAAUAAACCUAUGCACU